CAUCAUUUAAUCAUGAUCUCUUUUAGGAAUUUAAUUAUUUUAUUUGGAUUAUUAGCAAUCACUUUAGCAUGUGCUCCACAUAUGCCAAAGAGAGACGUCAAACAUGGUUAUUGCAAAUUCUAUAUUGACGGAACUAGUGACUUUGAUAGUUCCCGUAAGAAGAGAGACUCAUCUUCAAGUUCUUCAUCAAGCUCUUCUGAAUCUGGAGGAUCUGGUGGAUCUGGCGGAGGAAAGGGUGGAAAAGGAGGAAGUGGAGGUGGUGGCGGUGGAAGUGGUGGAAAGAGAUAUAAACGUUCCAAGAAGAAGGAUACCAAAUGUUACGAGUAUGAAGAUGGAAGCAAAGAUGAGGGAGCGGUUCUUAACAAGAAUGUUAAGUAUACCGUAACUGUCACCAAGACCACCAAGACAUCUACAAAUGUGAAGAAGGCCUAAUUGGAUUGACUGAAAACCUUAACAAUCACGAUCUUUUUGUCUGUAUAUAAGCACGUAUUUAUAAAUGUUUAUUGGAU